CCCCACGCAGGCACUGUGCCGCUGUCAUUAUCUUGGUCUGGUUUUCAUUCAUUAGAAAUACCUAAGACCAGUAACGUGCCGCUUCUGAAACUGCUAGAAUCUAUGUUCACUACUGAAACCGAUACAAUCGUGACUUUUUCGAAGGGCUAGUUUUUAUCUGUAACGUUCCUGCGGUUGCUACCUACUGGCAUAUGCACGACUCUGGUUAUCUUAUCUUUAUUUCCCCGUGAAUGUGCUCAAAUUGUGUUUGUAUUGCGUUUGAUAAAGGCUGCUUCAACGUGUUUGGCUUUGUAAUAACAGACCUUUUGAUGGUAUUAGUUUUAAAGGACACACUGGAAAAAAGAGGUGCUCUUGGACAAAUAAAAGCCAGAAUCAGAGCUGAAGUUUUUAAUGCAUUGGAUGAUCAAAGUGUGCCACGGCCACCACUGCCUCAUGAAAAUCUCUUAAUCAACGAACUAAUUCGUGAAUACUUGGAAUAUAACAAAUAUAAAUAUACAGCAUCUGUUCUAACUUCAGAAGCUGGCCAGCCUGAAGUGCCCUUGGAUAGACAAUUUAUUGCCAAAGAGCUGAAUAUAGUUGAAGACACAAAUGGAAAAUCAGUCAGACCUCUCUUGUAUGGAAUUAUCUCUCAUUUCUUACAUACUGGUAAAGCAGAAAGUACUCAGAAUACCCUUCCGAAAGUGUCUUUGCUGAAUUACCCAAAGCAGAACCUGAGCAAACUACCUGUUGAGAGAAAUCAAAAAGAUAGAAUUCCAGAACCAGGGAGGAUGGCUGGCACGAGCAUCGAGGAGCCCCUUGUUCUGCAAAGUAUAAAGAGACGAUAACUUCAUAGGCUUACUUCUCAUGCAAAGUUCUGUAAUAUAGAAAAUUCCUUUUUGCUUAGAUUUCCCCAGUGUGUCCAGUGGGGCCAUUUCAGCUUGUUGAAUUUACCUGUGAGGCAGGUUGGUGGGAUCAUACUGAAAAAAGCUGUUAGCAAAAUCUCUCUUCCUUGAGUGCUAAUAGAAGGAAAACUCUGUCUGAAGUCAGAUCAGUGUCUAGAGCUGGGCCUAAAAAUACUGUGUUUACUUUAUAAAAAUCUAACAGAUAAUGUAAUUUCUGCACUUUGCUUUUUAUACUGUGCCUUUGUGUGUCUGU